AUGUCCUCCGCUGAUUUACACCGUUUAGCCCCAGAAGAUUAUCAAAAAUUUAUCUUGAUAUUUGCCAAGGCAUUAAUUGCGUUUGGCUCUCCCUCUCACCGCAUUGAGGCGCAACUGAAUUCUCUCGCUAAAGUGUUUGAGCUGGAGGCACAGUUCCAACAUACUCCUGGAAUAAUCCAAGUCUCUUUCGGCAAUCCAGAGCAAAAGUCAUCCGAAACAUGCUUAAUAAAGUCAGGUGUCAGCUUGGCCCUUGGACAUAUCCACAGCACACACAGUGUUUAUCGCUCAGUACUACACGAUGAUAUGUACGCUUCCGACGGAGUAUAUCAGCUUCGGAAGUUGUUGAAUUCCCCUCCCCAAUAUGGGCCGAAGACCCGCUAUGUCUUGUCAUUCAUUACCUGCCUUCUUAUCUGCGGUGUUGCCUUCGGUGGCAGUCUCAACGACAUGUGGGUAGCCGGUGUCAUGGGAGUACUUGUCCGUGUAAUGCAAAACAUCGCGUCUAAAUCGGAUUUGUCGGCGAGUGGAUCGGAGGUCUUUGCAGCUGCGCUAGUUUCUUUCAUUGCGCGAGGAUUUGCUAGCUUUCAUACUCAAAUAUGGUGUUUCUCUGCGAUUUCUUCUGCCGGAGUAGUUUCUCUCCUUCCGGGAUAUCUGAUUCUCUCGGGUUCCUUAGACAUCGCGGGCAAAAGCCAACUACUAGGAGGACCGAAGAUCGUUUCGGGUAUAAUGACGUCUCUAUAUCUGGGAUUCGGUUUGACUCUGGGUUCGGACGUGUUUCUCUUCGUCGAUCGUCCUGCUCGUCGCGCUGCCCAUGCAGCAGCUGCCAGACUCGCCAGCAGCACAAUGAUCCAAGGUUACUAUCAAGCAUACAACAGCACUGGUUCUGGGUUCGGCAACUCGGGCAAUGCAACGUUCACAGGUUACUUCACAUUUACGAACAGCUCUGCCCCUGGCCCUCCUAAUAUCGUACAGGGCUGCUUCCGCGACAAGAACUGGGGUUGGUACUUGCAACCUGUACCAUACUGGUCACUAUUCUUCCUUAUCCCACUUUUCGCCUUUUGUUCUUCGAUGAACAACCAGCAACAUUGGUAUAGCCGACAGAUGGUGGUUAUGGUCAGUAUUGCUUGUGUUUCGUUCUGGAUCACGAGGUUGUGCAACAUCACGCUUGGUUUGAGUAAUCAUCCGGACUAUGUUAGUUUGAUUGGAUCAUGGCUCGUCGGUAUUCUGGGCAAUGGCUAUUCGCGCAGGUUUGGAGGUACGGCGUUCACGGCUAUGCUCACUGGUAUCCUGCUUCUUGUCCCCGACGGCCUAUCCGCUGCAGGUGGCCUUGCCGGGCAAAACCAGGGGACUGGUCAGGAUGAAUACACGCAGAGUUUGACACUCGCUAGAAAGAUGAUAAGCGUCAUUAUUGGUAUUCUUGCUGGUGUCUAUUCGAGUGCAGCUAUUAUAUACCUUUUCGGAAAGAAGAAGAAUGCUGCGCUCGUCACUUUUUAGCCUUGUCUUCCAUUGCAUUCCAUGGUGCCCUUAACCUUCCCUUGUCAUUUCUACUUCUAGUGUCU